GGAGAGAGAGCGAUGAGAGAGAAAAGGCGCAGAAGAGAUCCAAAUCCGAAGACCCUAGAUCCCGUGGGAGAGGAUGAUGAGUCGCGUGUAGUCACUGGAAAAGAAGGAAAAGGGUUCUUCGCCUGCUACAUAUUGACCUCCCUUAGCCCUCGUCACAAGGGUCACACCUAUAUCGGGUUCACGGUUAACCCAAAGCGGAGAAUAAGGCAGCACAACGGAGAGAUUAGGAGUGGUGCAUCUAGAACAAAGAAGAAACGUCCAUGGGAAAUGGUCCUCUGUAUCUAUGGUUUCCCCACCAACAUCUCUGCCCUUCAGUUUGAAUGGGCUUGGCAGCAUCCGAGAGAGUCGCUUGCAGUGAGGGAAGCUGCUGCUGCUUUUAAAUCCUUCUCUGGACUUUCCAACAAUAUCAAGCUUGCAUACACAAUGCUAUCUCUUCCACCUUGGAAUAGCCUGAACCUGACAGUCAACUAUUUCUCAUCAAAGUAUGCACACCACAGCGGUCUUUCUCCAAGUUUGCUUCCUCACAUGAAAGUCCAUGUUUGUGCUAUGGAUGAUCUACCAUGUUUCAGUAAAGGAGACAACAAUUCUCAACCCGAAGAUGAAGAGAGUCUCGAUAGUAAUGAAGAAGAGGAUGAUGAUGGUAGCAACCAAAUCCAGUCUAGGAAUCCAACUACAAGCUCACUGGAUGACUUGUAUCCCGGUGAAAAAGUGAAAGAUCACAUAACUGUACUUGAUGACAGAUUAGCAAAUUUCACUGGUUUUGGGUUAUUAGAUGAGAGUGAUGAUGAUGAUGAUGAUGAAGUAUCACGUAGCACUGUAGGAUCUAUUGAAUCCGUGGAGAAAGAACCUGAGGCUGACAGAUUAGCAACUUUCAGUGGUUUUGGCUUUGAAGAGAUUGUUGUUGAUGAUGAAAUAUCACAUAGUAUUAUGGAGAAAGAUUGUUGGAGAAGAAGCAGCCUUAUCAGAUCAACCACUGAAGUUGAAGUGAUAGAUCUGAUGACCCCCUCACCGAGCUGCAGAGAUGGAUGGUCUAUGAAGAGGCCAAGAGUUUCUGAGUUUAUUAUAGAUUUGACAAGGUCUCCUAAUUUCAUAGGGUUGUAAAAUAACAUUUAUAGAUGUAAAGUUUUAACAUUUGGAUGCACAAAACAACAGUUUCUUUGUUUACGUAAUUUUUGUGAAGCUUUCAAAUAGAUUUACAUUUUUGUGGGGAAUAAAAAAUGAG